GCGGAUGUCGGUGAUGUCGAGAUGUCAAGGACAGAACAGAAAGCCAGGAACUAGGUGCAAGCGGGCAUAUCCUCGAACUUUCAGGUUUUACCUUGUUUUACGUAUUGAACAAGCGGUACCCGCUUGAACAAGCAUUGUUUUAGGAUCAGGUCGACUGAUGUGAGGAAGAUGUCGACAGGCCGUUGGGCUACCCGGGUAUCAGCGAUCUGUGCGGUUGUCGUGCAGGAAUUGUUUGUUCAGGUUGCUUCAGAAUAUUGCGGUGAUAACAAGUAUUGUCAGCCUCCAUACAAGUGCUGUGAAAAUGCUCUAGCUUGCUGUUAUGACCAUGACAAUAGCUACAGCCGUGGCUUCAGGCUGCAUGUUUGGAACAUGUGGUAUUUUUGGCUCGUCAUCAUUUUUAUCUUGAUGUCUUGUUUUGGUGGAUGUGGCUACUACCGUCGUCGAAGACUUGCAGCCCUUCAGCAGUCAGCAGAGAUCCAGCCUUCACGUUGUCAUGUGACCCAUGAACGCUGCGCUAAUACACGGCAAAGCUACUAUGCUUACACUGGACCUGGUGCAGACCCAGUUCCUGAUGUAUUACAUCUUCCACCACCUUACACAGAGGUUAUGAAUCAACCAAAUCUGUAUCCUGUUAAUAAAGUCGAUCUUCCACCCUACCCAGGACCUCCAUCAGCCAAAGGUGAAUCAAGCUGCCUUCCUGGAGACACGAUUCAUCCACCCCCCUAUACUGAACUUACCCCAUCUAUGCCUGUCUCAUUAGGCGAUGGGUCAUUGCAUCAGUCGGCACCUACCGUGUCAGUCACCCACACAGAGGCCUCUACUCAAGAGCAUGACAUUACCACAGGCAGAAGAAAUUUAGAGGCAGCCAACAAUGGGUGACAAUUUACAACAUAGUCAGCAGACUUUCUCUCUUUUAUUCCCCUAGUUUCUGUUACAACAAGAAUUUUUUGGCAUUUUUUCCUCUCAUUGUGUGUGACAAUCUUGAUAAAUUUCAUUUUGGCACAGUAAUACUACUGUUUGCCAGAGCCCCUCAGAAUGAUAAGAAUGGUCUAGUCAAAAUAAAUUUCGAUGCUGUUUACAUAGAUUUUUAAUAAUCCCAUUCUUUGCUUGUGUUAUUUUCUCCUUUUUCUAAGCAGAGGAUUUUACUAAUUUGGAAUAUUUAAUUGGGUGCCAUCACAAUUCUUUACACACAUUUAAAUCUGUUUUAAAAAAGAUGUUUUUCCUGUUUUGCAUGCAUAUGCAUUUUGUAUAUUAGCAGACACAUCUGCGUGUGUGAGGGAGAGGCUGCUUGAUGAUAGACUACUAAAAGGUUUGCUUGCCAUGGAGCUGUAACUCGUCACACAUGAAGUUUUCAAAUCUUUAUCUGAACAGUGUCAGCAGACACUGUGUGAGUUUGUUGCCAGUUCCCAGACAUAGGAAAAGUACAAGGUGUGAACCUAGUGGUGGUUAAAAUCCAAUACUGUUGCAUGUAGCUUAUGCUGCUCUAAUGGAGAAAGCUUCAGGAGAUGAUGAAGAAAUGCAUUUUAUUUACUGUUUAUAAAAAUAACAGUGGAAGCAAUGUAGUCGGAGCAGAUUACCAAGCAUAUAAAAUAGAAAGUUGUUUCUGCCUUUAUCUUCAAAGCACUCUCAAGAAAAGAUUUUAAACAUCUGUAGCUCUCAGCCUGGUCAUUUGAUCUCAGUUGAUUUUUCUGUGACACAUUUUGAAUUGGAAUGUUUGACAGUAAAGUUCAGUGAAAUGAAAAUGAAACUUAUUCUUUUUUUCCAUAAGGGUAGGCAGGGUCCUUAUAUGGCAGCAGGAGCAAGAUUGUUUUUGGUUUCCUUCGAGUGUCUUACAUAAUGUUUUAUUAAGCAACUCUAGAAAACCACUUACCCAACUUAAACCUAAGUACAGAAGACAUGGAUGCUUGUAUAUUCUUUGGGGUUUGAUUUUGGCAUGGGACUCAACUUUGUUCUUAAGUAGCCCUGAUAUAUUUUUCUCUUCUUAGCUACUUUAUAUCCAUGUAGUCUCAGACUGAUCAGCAUCAAAGUGUCUUUAGCUUCUUUCCGACUAUCUCUAUCAGUCAAUAAAUCAGACUGCAGAUGUCUUUAGCUAUUUGUUGGAUGGCAUAUUUUAGCAAAAUGACGAUUGGUUUUUCAAGAACAUUACUGUCCCCUAGAAAUUCCUUGUGUUACCCUCAUUUUCUAAACCAUUUGGAUGAUUGCUGAUUCUUCUUGUUCCUGAUCACCUCCAGUGGAGAAUAGGGCCGCAACUACACGUUGCAUUUGCAGUUUCUGUUACAGGGGUUGUUCUACAGGGUGGGGUUGCUACCCCCACACCCAACCCUCCUCCUUCAUCCAGGCUUUGGACUGGCAGGUUACCCAGGGGUUUCCAGCUGAGUUAUAAUUGCUGAUUGCCUGACAUGAAAGUUCACAUACCUGUAUAGCAUAAUGUUUCAUUAUGAUGAGCAGCAAGAGUGUUUGUGAUCAGAACUGGGAGUGAGAGAGCACCCAUCCUCAAUCUAUGUAUUUUCUGUAAUGAAAGAAAUGUUCUGUAUUGCAGAACCUGUGACUCAUGAGCCAUGACACUUGCCCUGGUAAAUUAAACUUUAAAUGAAAAUUAUUUUUCUUAUUGUUAGUGCAUGGCUAGAUGCCUGCAAAUAGUUUUAAAGUUUUUUUCUUACAGUCACCUAUGAUACAAACAAGCUGAAUAGGAAGAUUUUCUAAUUAACACAUAACCUUCUUGGUGACCAUGAAUAAAAAUUUGUAUGACUUUCCUAAAGGAACCUAGAUUUUCUUCAUUUAGAUUUUAUAGUCAAUUUUCAUGCUCAGAUGUUUGGUCAGUAAAGGCUCUCAGUAUCAAUGUCUGCUGAAUACAAUUUAACCAUUGCAUUGGGAAAAAACUACCAACAGAAUGGUCAUCUAUACUGGACGUAAAAUUCAGCAUCUUUACCUGUCGCUGAAGUUGUGUACAGGUAAUAUUUAUGUGACCAUUAAUAAAGCAGCAACAGGAACUGCACAUUGAAAACAUAAUGUAUCUACAUCUCUAGACCUUUUCUUUUUUUAGAUUAACCCUUUGGGCACAAUAGGCCAUGAUUGUGGCUUUGUCGGGAAAGCAUGUGGAAGGCAAUUUUCAUUACUUUUAUUGCAAAGUUCAAACUUUCUCCUUUCCAAAAAUGAAUAGGUUUCUUGAUCUGUUUACCUGAGAGCAGCAAUAAUAAAAAACAAACUUCAUCCACUGUUGUCUUCUCAGUCUUCAGCUAUUAGCCACUCUUUGCAAUAUUUAUACUUUUAUAUGGUGCUCAGAAGGUUAAGUAAAAGUGUCUUAAUGCAUAAUUUUGUGCUGUGAUAAGAAAAAUUGAAAUACACAGCAAGGUCAAAUGAUCUUUCUUUUGGCCUGUUAUAUGCUUGGGUCAUAAUAUGGAAUAGUCAGUUAAGAACCUGAAGGUUCAGUAGGAAAUGUAUCUUUUAUUCCAUCCACUUUCUUAAAAACUCUAGAAAAUUUACCAUCAUGAUAUUGGAGAGCAACAUAAUGGAUUUGAAAUCUGUUGCAGCUCUAGUGUAUAUUGUCUCAAUCAUAAACACAGCUUGACAUUCACAUGUUCUGUUGCACUACACAAAGACAACUAAAUUGCCUCUUCAGGCUGUCACCUUAAAUAUCUAUUAAGAAAAAAUAACGACAACAGCAAUAAACAGUAAAUUUCUGUCCAUCCAUCCUGUAAUCCAAGAGAUCUGUUGUGCACACAAGACACGGUGGCAUGCCCAACACACAAAGAAAAGAAAUUAUUUAUCCACCUUUUCUGCUCUUGUGCAACUAUUGCUUUUUCAUGAGAAGCCAUGGCUUAAAAAAAAAUUGGUUCUCGUGAAUUCACUGAACAUAUAGUAUAGAAUGGCUUACCACUUGUGACAAAAUAGUCAUCCCUUGGGAAUCAACAACCUCUGAGUACACAAAAUUCUAACACUGCCUCAAGCUGAAUGCUGGAACUGAUCAGUAUAGGCGUUGCCUUUUGGGGUUGACAUCCUUGUCACAAGACGAUGCAUACACCAACUCUCAGGUUAGUCAUCUGUCAUUGCCUCUUGUGAUGGAUCUCCUCAACACAGCACAACUCGUAUGCCUACUCUUGGGUCAGUCAUCCUUCAUUUUCUUUUUGGGUAGACAUUUUUUGUCACCACACAAUGUAUAUACACCAGCUCUGAGGUCUAGUCCUUUCUCUGGGCCAGGUGAGUGACAAAGUUGAUUGCUUUCAUUCACCUUUGAUACAAGCUAAUCUGUUACUUUUCUGGAAAGGUACAGUUUUUACUUCCCACCCUUACUUCAACUUAGGGACUUUCAUGGCUUCUCUGGAAAUGCAGAACUUACCAGGUGUUCAGAAUAUAUAGGGUCAGUUUCACAUUUAGAACAUCCUGCACUAGUCAGGAAAAAUAUUCUUCAUGUGUGGUCUGACUUGUCUGUGACCAAAACAUACUGACUCAGGCAUGCAAAACUUUCACUCAAAAACAUGUACUAUGUUACCAGUCCAUGACAAAAUCACAUUACAAACACAGAUUUACUUGUGCUUAAAAGAUGUGCAAAAUAUUUUUUUUAUUUUGAAACUGACUUUUACGUAGCCACAAGAUUUUGUUUUGUAUUACAGCUUAAAAAGCGGUUCCGCUUCCUGCAAAUGAGCAAACUGCAUGCCUUGUGAUUUAUUUGAUAAUUUUUGUCUAUAAAUGUGUAUUGUGAUUUUUAUAUAAUUUUAAAAUAAAUCUUUUUUCACGGUG